AUGAAUAUAGAAGUUGAGAAAGUUGUCCUUGAUAAGGCUCCUCAAAAUGCUCAAUACAUUGCGCAUGACAUACAAAAGCAAAUCUUACAUAUUUUUGCUAACAAGGUGAGGAAGGCAAUUUGUAAGGAACUUUGGAAGAACAAAUUUUGUAUUCUAGUUGAUGAAUCAAUUGAUGAAUCCGGUAAGGAACAAAUGGCUAUUAUUAUAAGAUUUGUUGAUUGUGAUGGAUUUAUUCGCGAACGCUUCUUCGAUAUUGUGAGUGUUGUAGACACUAAUGCCUUGACUCUUAAAAAAGAGAUAUGCAAAGUGCUUGGUAAUAACGACAUUCUAGUGGAAAACAUGCGUGGUCAAGAGUAUGAUGAUGCUAGUAAUAUGCGUGGUUCAUGGAAUGGCUUACAAGGAUUAUUUUUUCAAGAUUGUCCAUAUACAUAUUAUGUGCAUUGCUUUGCUCAUUGCUUGCAAUUGGCAUUAAAUGGUGCAGCUAAAGAUGUGAAAGUUUUAUGGAGGUUGUUUUUAAUGUUGACUAACAUUGUGAAUUUUGUUAGUGCCUCUGCUAAGCACCGUAGUGAGUUAAACUUAAUUAGAAAAGUUGAACUCAAUGGGUUGUUGGAUUCUGGAGAACUUGAGAUAGGCAGAGGACUUAAUCAAGCUCGUAGUUUGAAACGAGCUGGAGCCACUAGUUGGGGCUCUCAUUAUGCCUCUAUUACAAGUUUGUUGUGUUUAUUUAAAGAGACUAAAUUACUUCUUCAAGAAAUCAAUGAUCAUGGACCUAACCAACAAUUUCGUGGCGAUGCUGAGAGUAACUAUAUUGCUAUGAUGUCUUUCGAGUUUGUGUUUUCAUUGGUUUUGAUGGAUAAAAAUUAUGGGAUUGACCAAUUUUCUUUGUCAAGUAUUUCAGACCAAAACUCAAGACAUUUUGAACUUCUUAUUCUUAGCUCAGCAUUGGAUCCUCGUAAUUCAUUCAAGUCAUUUAAUAUUGAGCAUAUAUGUAAACUUGCUGAGAAAUUUUAUCCUGCUGAUUUCCUUCCAAAUGAGUUGAAAGAUUUGGAAAUAGAAUUGAGGUUGAUUCGGUUGGUGUUGACUCUUCCCGUUUCUACAGCAACAACGGAACGAGCUUUUUCAUGUAUGAGAAUUAUUAAGAAUCGGCUUCGAAGCACCAUAGCUGAUGAGUUUCUUGUUGAUUGCAUGACCUUCCACAUUGAAAGAGAGUUUGCUAAUAGUAUCACUAAUGCAUCGAUAAUUGAGGAAUUUAAGACUUCUAAGUCUCGCAGGAUGUAUUUGAGGGUAAGGCUUAUUAUGCCCCCAUGA